AUGUCUGACAAGCAAAAAGUUGAGGUGUUGAAUUAUAUAACUUCUGAUCCAGCCAUCCCAAUCAGUUUCCGGACUUGGGAACUGUAUGAGUAUCCACUGCUACCAGCUACAACCAAUCACAUUUGGGCAAUCAAAACAACAAAUCAACUCGAGAAACCUCGUUUUGUCAUCGUUGGAUUUCAAACAGCAAGAAAGAAUCAAUCGAAUCAAAAUGCAAGCGAGUUUGACCACUGCAGUAUAAGAGACAUUAAGCUCAUUUUGAACUCUCAGAGUUAUCCAUAUGGAAAUUUGAACCUUAAUAUCACAAAUAAUCAGUACGCUUUGAUGUAUGACAUGUACACAAAUUUUCAAAGUGCUUACUAUGGAAAAGAAGCUGAACCGCUAUUGGCUAAGAAAGAUUUUCUAAAGACAGCUCCUCUGUAUAUAAUUGACUGCUCCAAGCAGAACGAGUCAAUCAAGUCUGGACCUGUGGAUAUACGUCUGGAGUUUGAAUCGUCAGUACAGUUUCCAAAUCAAACUGCUGCUUACUGUUUAAUAAUUUACGACCGAAUAGUGGAAUACAAUCCCAUCAGCAGCACUGUAAGAAAACUUACUUAA